AUGAACAAUCCGGCAAUAAAAUACGCGGAAAGGGCGGGCAUUAAGACAGCAAUGGGCAAGUGUGCGAUAUAUGACUGCAUAAUUGAGCAUGGUAACAACGAUGACGGCGACUCAUUGGGCGCUAUAUUUAACCGCACGUGGGAUAAGGAGAAGGGAGGCGUUAAGAGUGCGGCCACAGAACAGUAUUGGAUCCGCUCUUUUCUGAACAUGCGUUUAGACGACUUCGACAAUCCCAGGGAACCCAUCAAUAUUGAACACCACACCUUCUGGCACGACAUGUCGGUACAGCGUGUAUACGCUAUGAUCACCUUGCUCAAUGAGUAUAAUAUGGAUCUAGAUGGACCCAUUCAUAUUAAGACUAAAGAUCAUGAUAAAACAAUUCCAUAA